GCGCCACCUCAUUUUUACAGGCCGUUUUCAUUUAGUCGACGAUACUCAUCAUUAUUUUGGGCAUCAUCCUCCCCGAAAAUAAAUGCUAUUUAACGACAAUUAAUGGCUAAUCAGCAAAACAUCAUCACCCGUGGUGUCGGACGGAGACAUAAGUGGGCUAUUGACUUCACUUCAAGGCCAAGAAGUGAGAGGCAACUUCAAGUCAUUGCUGAUCAUCCUGCUCCUGUGGGUUACACUGAACGUACCUUGCCUGACCUAUCAAUACAUGAUAAAGAUCCAGCCUUAAUUGUUAAGAAAUGUUGGGACAUAGCACUAGCACCCAUGAAGCAACUACCCAUGAACCUGUUCCUGAUGUACAUGGCGGGUAGCUCUAUCUCUAUCUUCCCUAUCAUGAUGGUAGGAAUGAUGCUGUGGCGACCCAUCCAGGCUCUCAUGUCCCUCAAAACAACAUACAAGAUGCUGGAAGGAAGCCCCCAAGCUCUUAUCCAAAAGGUUGUGUAUUUUAUUGCAAACUUGCUUGGUAUAGCCUUAGCACUCUACAAAUGUUCCUCCAUGGGGCUUCUACCAACACAUUCAUCAGACUGGCUCUCAUUCUUAGAACCUCAACAGAGAGUGGAGUUUUCCGGAGGUGGGAUGGUAUUGUGAUAAGGCCAGCACCAAGCCUUAGAAUGCCUCAAACAGUAACAUUAAAUGUUUGUAUUUGUAUGUCCUGUGUCUCUAAUAACUUAUUGUUUGAAUAUCUACUGAAAAUCAAUCAUCAUAUUGCAGUCUGACUUUUUAUAAGUUAUCAGCCAGGCAAGCUUUUAAUGAAGCAGUUCCACCGACUAAUUUGUUCCCAGUCAAAAAGAUGCACAGUUGUCGGUGAAAUAUCACAGAAUACUUGUUUCACAAGCUUCUCCCCAGGUCUACCCAGUAGCAUGUUGAUCGGAAUAUGUAGGGGAACUUAAAUGGGUAUAACAUUGGAUGUUUCAUCCAAAUCAGUUUUAAAAAUUUAUUACAAUCGAAGGUCGAAGAACAGGAAUGAUAAAUUGCAGCAAGUGACAAUAUUUCUUCUAAGAAUCAAAGUUUGGCACAAAAUUAGUGGUAUGCAAAACAAAUGAGAGAACAAUGAUUCCACACACUCAACUUUCACAAGAAGCUUUGAUUGAAUCACAGUGAGUUUCAAAAGGCCUAAAGGAUGUUUUAAAUUUUGUAAGGAGACCUAUCAUGUUGAACAUAGAGAAGGAAUUGUAUAUUAACGGAGCACGAUCCCGGCGCUUGUUGUUCAGGUGAAUAUUGACUAAAAGUGCAAGUGAUGUGUAGUUUAGAGAGAAGAUUCACACUGUAAUAACAUUAGUACAGAAGAUGUUGGUCAUCGUGGUAGUAUAGAAUUGGUAAAGGAAAAUAAUCUGUUUUCUCAAGAUGCAGCAAACUGAAAUUGCGACGUUUCGACUGCACCUGCUAGUCUUACGAUCGCCCAAUACUCAUCGGUGAACCGCCGGCAGCUGAUGGGAUUUCCCUGACGUCCGCAAUCCACCCAGAGAUCGCAUCAUCCGCAGCUAGUCGGUUGCUCCACCAAUCAUAGCGCGCGGUUCUGGCACCAAUGGCACGCAGCUUACGGUAUAAAAGGUGCAAUCCACUUCAUUGCCUGAUGAAGACUAGCAGGUGCAGUCGAAACGUCGCAAUUUCAGUUUGCCGCAUCGUGAGACAACAGAUUAUUUCCUUUUCCGAUGCUAUAACAUUUAUUGCAAUCUUGCAGAAAACCGAUGAGUUGAUAUGAGCAACCAAAACAUUACAUGUGAUCGGCUGUGAUUAAAUUAAUAAAGACAGAUGAGAUGAUAAUUUUCAACGAUAACGGGUUUGAGAAAAGGGCCCUCAAAACAAAAAAUGUCUGGUAGAUCAUAAAAAUUUUAAAGAUCUGGCUAAUGUUUCAUCAAACUUGUAAUCAGUUAAUUGAUAGUAUUAUUUUGAUGUAUGAAAUCAAUUCUGCUAUCAAAUCUUCACAUUUUUUAUUCAUUAAAAAGGUUUUGAAUAAAAUGAAAGGGCAAUGAAGUGAAAGUGUUGUAUUAGAUGUAAUAUAUGUUCUUGUAGAUUAAAGAGAAAAUGACCUGUUUUGCUUUAAAUAGAUUAUUUUUAUAUAGUGAAAUAAUAAUCAGCUACAUUGCAAUACAUUUUGGAAUGAUGACGUUGGCGAGAUAUCUGUCUACAUAUUUUAAAUUUAUAACAAAAAGAUUGUGAGCCAACAAGAGCAAGUUUCAAACCCAUGUCUUACAUAAGGGCCCCGUAACAUGAAUCUUUAGCAGUGGAAGAGCCGUGGUGUAGUGGUUCUGACUCUCGCCUCUGGGAAAAGCACUUUAUGAAAAUUGGCUAUUAUCUUUAAUGGUGAUUAAUUGUUGAGCAUAUUUGUACAUUUUAUCAUACACAAUAAUCAAUGCAAUCCCACCAGGCCACGAGCCCAUGACUAAGCUUUAUGCUACUGGGUCCAGAUACCAUGUACAGCUUUGACCCAGCACACAGACCAUAAGACUACAAGCAAAUUUAUGGCAGAAUCAUGUGCUCUAAAUUCUUUGUGCCUCUGCUUCGUUCUAUAUAUAUCGUAGGUAGGUCCUUUGCUAAUUUCAGUGUUAAUGGUCAUAUUAACUGAUAUAACCCUGUGAUUAAACUUUCAAACAAGUGUAAUGGAGGAUAGAUAUACUGCUACCAAUUUUGUUAUGACAUUGGACAUUUUGCCGCCACCGAUCCUCUGUAUGAUCAGAGGUCAAGUUCACUCCAUCAGAGUUGUGAUUUGAAUUGGAUUGAAAAUACUAGUUGAACACUGAAAAUUUAAUCAAAAUGGAAUAAAGAUAUUUGUACAAUUUUAAUAUGAUGAUAAUAAUAGCUGGAUUUAUAAAGCGCUUUUUGCCUGAGGAUACAAAGCGCUGCUAUUAUUACCCUGGCUUGAGCUCAAGCUACCAUCACCGGCGCUCAGUGCAUGCAAGGAAUUAAUCCUGCAGGGUUCCCAUUCAACUCACCUGGGUCAAGUGCAGCACAUUGUGGAUAAAUUUCUUGCUGAAGGAAAAUGCCAUGGCUAGGAUUUGAACCCACGACCCUCUGUUUGAAAGGCGAGAGUCAGAACCACUAGACCAAGGCGUGCCCACUUGCUUGAUAUAUGCUUGAUUACACAAAUUAGUUGUAUGCAAAUAAGUGAGUCAGUGAUGUCACACAUUAAUAUACUGUUAUUGUUUGACAUAUCAAAUAUUUCAAUUUGUAUAUUUUAUAUAAAAAAAACCCUUGAUUGAUUUGUGAUUAUAAUUCAUGAUAAAUAUUUCUGAAUGAAUCAAAUAAUAUCAAACUGUACAGGAGGAAAAAUAUGAACAUGUAUUUCAUUAUAAAACAAAAUAAUUAUGUAUGAUGUUGUUGAUUUACAUGUAUCAUUUGAAUUUCACCAAUCCUUUGAUGUGCAAAUAUCUUAGAAUUUUAUAACUUUAUGUUAUAUCCGAUUCUGAUUUUUUUUCCAUGACUUGUCAGAUUUUACCUUGUUAAUUCAAUUGAAUGUUAUAGUUGAAUGGACUUUGCUCAAUCAGUAACAAGUAUUGUCACUGCUUGUAGAAUGCACAAGAGUUGACUCUAAUUGAUGAAUAAAGAUUUAUUGUGUAUAUGUA